AUGCGCUCCACCGAGGCUGCCUGUUUGACAUGUCGGCAGAAGUCGCGCCGAUGUGAUCGCGCACGGCCAAUGUGCAAACGCUGCAUUAGCAGGGGACUGCAAUGUGGUGGAUAUCCAGACAAGUUUCGUUUCUGCGGAAUUGCCAGCCGUGGCAAGUGGAAGAACCGAGAUGCUCCCACUGAUCAAGGUGCUGCUUCAAUUUCAUCAACAUCAACUCCAGAAAAGCGCAUUGAGACUGAUCAAGGAUGUCCUUUGCCAAAUGAUGGGCUAGGCGAGCCCCUGACAUCUCAACGCUCGACCCCGCAUGACGAGUCCGAAAUUCAUAGAAUUCUCGCCUUGGCUGAGACCGAAACUCUUAUGACCGCGUAA